GUACCGCUUGGAUAUUAAUGUUUGAUGCGGACGUUAUCUUUAGUUAUGUGCCUGGUGUUUUUUAGUCGCACCGCUACGCUGUAUCGUAUUCUCAAACACCCAACCGUUGAAUCGGCGCGUUUGUUUCUCGAAAGGAAAAUUCGAAUUGGAAAGAAAAACCUCGUUAGCUUCUACACUGCUAAUUAGUAGAAAACUUUUUAUCUCAGCUUAUUAGAUAUUUACUUCUUCAGCUAUGCUAUUUUUGCCAACUGAAAAAAUAGAACACUUCAAAGUAUCAGGCCGAAACGAAUGCAAAUUAUAACUUUGUUUCGAAACAACGUUCUAAACAAAAUUGUCCCCAGGUUGCGCGCGCUCGUUCGAACGCAAGAAGUCGUCAUCGCAAUUAUGACGAAUUAGUGUGUUGUGCUGAUCAAGUCUGUAUAAUAGUUUCUGCACCUUUCUUAGUGUGAAAAGUGCAUUUAGAACUUCGGCAUUUACCACCGUUGUCAAAGAUAAUCCUCAGCGAGAUUGAUAAGACGGAGUGCAUUGUCUGCGAGAUGUCGGGUUUUUUUCCAUCUAUUGAUAGCGUGGGAAAAAGUUCUCUUGUUGCCGCCAAGCGUAUUUACUCGGCGCUGGAUUAUCUGGAAGCUGCCAACAAUGGUCGCUCGGGGAAAAAAAGGCCAGGACACAAAAAGAGUAAGAAGCUGAAUCCGCAUUCUACAAAUCAAGAACCUCACCAGAAAGCCGAAAGAACGAAAGAAUAUUCUCGCCAGCUGAAAUCGCGAAAAGAAAGAGCCAAAGUUGCGCGAGAGGAAACCUUAGCUGAGCGUAAAAAUCAAGAAGAACUUAGAGAGAAAGGGCUUUGUGAAAAGAGGAGAUUAAACCAGUUGUUUUCAGUUUACGCUGCACAGCAAGGCCCGUCAUACAGGGACAGCGCAAAAGUGGUGAAACCAAAGUUCCCAGUUUUGUUGAAGAGUACAAAGAGCAGCGCGGUUUUUCGAGAGAAAAAUCCAUAUCCUAAUAGUCCACUUCCGAAUUUAUCCUCAGUCAGUAGACUGGACGAAGAUUCGCAGGAGUAACUGCUCAAUGUAGAGGACUUGCUUAUUAGGAAAAUUUUAGAAUAACUUUUGAGUACUACCGCGAGUUUACUUGUGCUUGUAGCUUUUAGGGGCGUGUUUACGAAUUUGCUUUGUCGAUGUACAUAACGACAGACGUCUGUCUCACAGAAGGUUGAGUUCCUUGUAAAUUUACAUGCUCGAUUAAUAUUGUUUGUGUAAAUAUUCAUUUUAUGUAACUGCUUUCCACAGCUUUGUUGUAAAUGCGAGAAUUAAAUAUGUAUCUAUGCAUUUGAGUUGCUCAGUUUA